AUGGCAGAUAAAGUCGGUGCAGAGGUUUUAAAUCCAGCGAAAGAAUUAACCAUACAUUUGAAGCGAGUCACACCCGAAGAUAUCAAACGUAAGCAGGUAACAUCUGCUGAAAUUGAAAACGAACCGGUUGCUAAGAAAGUUAAAAUGGAGAAAGAAAAAUCCAGCCAUUCUGUGACUGAAAAUACUAAACAAGUCCUCCCUGAAAAGACUCCAGAUGAAAUGCCGAUGGAAGUGACUAGCGAAGAACACGUAGAAAAUUCUGAAAUUAGAGAAUCUGUGCCAUCGCUUGCAGGAAAACGCCUGUCUUCUGAAAAUGCUUCGUUGAAUCGUUCUAAUGCGAAUAAUUUAAAAGACGAUGAUAGUUUACAGGGAACCGAUCCAGUCUUUGCCGAGAAAAGUGUAACGGAAGGAAAAGUCAUAGAAAAUAUUGCUACAUCAUCGCCGCAUACUGAAGAAACUAGCCAGACAAAUAUGCUUCAUACAUCUGAGAAAAAAGCAACAAAGGGUUGUGAAGCAGACGGGUCUUCUGCUGAAUCGGAAGACCUGACAACAGAUAAAAGUUCAAAAGGCAAUGAAAAGACCUACAGCUCCAUUGUUAAAUCCUGUAAAGACGCAGCAGAAGCAAUAAAGAAUGCUGCCAAAGCUAUGGAAAAGAACGCUGGUGCCAUGCUUGUAGAAGAGAAAUCCACAAAAGAUAAUGUCGUGACAUGUGAGGAAGAGAAUAAUGGCAGCGAAAGUUCUAAGCUCGUGGAUGAAGAGACCGACAAACAUGCCAAAGUCCUAAAUAAGAAAUCGGCCAACAACGAUGACAGGCCUGCAGAUAAGGAAGAUGCCGACGAUAAUUCUCAGUUCAUGCAGAAGAAAACUGCGUGCGGUAAUCUCAAAACCGUGGUUGACGUGACCGUUAGCGACAGUGCCAAAGCUGUGGAGGAAGAAAGUGUCAGCGACAAUACUAAACCCGUGGAGGAAGAAAGUGUCAGCGACAAUACUAAACCCGUGGAGGAAGAAAGUGUCAGCGACAAUACUAAACCCGUGGAGGAAGAAAGUGUCAGCGACAAUACUAAACCCGUGGAGGAAGAAAGUGUCAGCGACAAUACUAAACCCGUGGAGGAAGACAGUGUCAGCGACAAUACUAAACCCGUGGAGGAAGAAAGUGUCAGCGACAAUACUAAACCCGUGGAUGGAAAAGGUAUGGACAAGACAAAACUCCUGGAUGAAGAGGGUACGAGCGACAAGGCCGACUCCAUGGGUGAAGACGUUUCAGCACCUGCGGACUUUCUUUUCUUGCCUACGAGGAAAAUGCAACUCAAAGGUCGUUGUUUUAACACCCUUGUUGAUCCAGAGCGAAUCACAGAUCCUCGACGACUCGCUUAUGGUAAACUAUUUCCAAGCCGGAUUCCUAAAGUGGCAGGAACGCUAGGACCCGUGUAA